CAAAUAUCUGCUUUCUUUAUUCUGGGGCUGCUUCAUCAAUCAGAGAGAUUCAUUGAGAAUUUGAAAUUGACACAUUUGAAUGUGGUGGAAAUAUGACCGUUAAGGGUGGCACAGCCCAGGCUUGUGCAGCUUGCAAAUACCAGAGAAGAAAGUGCACGUCUGAAUGCCUCCUCGCUCCCUAUUUCCCAGCAGACCAACCCAAGGUGUUUCAGAAUGUGCACAAGCUAUUUGGAGUGAGCAAUAUUAAAAAGACGUUGAAGAAAUUGGAUCCUGCCCAGAAGAAAGUGGCCAUGGAUUCCAUCAUUUGCCAGGCAAAUAUUAGGGAUAAGUACCCUGUUCAUGGCUGCUGGGAGGAAAUUUGCAGGCUCCGUUACCAGAUAUGGCAGAUGGAAGAGGAGCUUCAUGUUGUUCAUCAGCAGCUUGAGAUUUGCAGGCAGCAUUUCCAGAAUCAUCUUGAUCAUCUACCAGAGGAUCAUGUGGCUUCUCAUUCUCAACUAGAGUUGGGCAUGGCGCCUUGUUCUAAUCGCCUCCAACUGUUUGAUCAAAUUCCUCAUCCACAAGAUUACAGCAAUAUAGUGGCUGCGUCUUUGCCCACGUCUCAGCAGCUGCAACAUUCUUUCUCGCAUAGCAAUAAUGAGGCUUACAAUAAUUCCCUUUACAUUGAUACCAAGGGUAGUGUCCCAAAUCAUUUGUGGGCUGAGCAUCCAUAUGAGGAUAACAAUAGCAGCUCCAUGGCAAUACAACAACAGUCUCAGUUGGAUGCGUCACAGCAGCCACUAGUCAUUCAACAAGGAGAAGUAGCCGAAGAUUAUGAUGAGAUGCAUCCGUUUUUUGAUACUAUUGAUGAUAGACAAUCUUACGUUUAUUCUAAGGAGGCUUACGAGUCAAGUUCUGAAGAAUCGCUUAAAGAUACGCCAAAAUGCGCUGAACAUGUUGCUGAGAAUGAAUUGAAGAAUGCUGCUGCAUGCUUUAGUCUUACCAGUGUCAACUGAUCAGUGAUGCAACUCUCCCCAACCCAAUUCUUACUGCAGGAUAAAUAGAAAUAGAAAUGUUGAGCUUUUGUUUAUUAUUGAGUUUUAAAUCUUUCACAUGUCAGUUUCUAAAGUAAGAAAAUAUAUCCAGUGUCCAUCACAAUGCGAGGGCAAGG